CGAGCUGGCACCUGGGAGCUCGGGGAGAAGGGGUCCAAAGGGCGCGAGCGCCCGGGGUGCUAAGAGCCCAUGGGACGGGCACCGACAUGGCAGAACAGGCCGAGGGGAGCAGCUGCCGGGAGGCGCGCGGAGCAGGGUCAGCAGCUAAGGUCCUGCACGGCCCGGCGCCCGGGACCCCGCGGCGAUCUUAGGUGAUGGGCAGAUCAGAAAGUCAGAUGGAUAUAACUGAUAUCAACACCCCGAAGCCAAAGAAGAAACCACGAUGGACCCCCCUGGAGAUCAGUCUCUCGGUCCUCGUCCUCCUCCUCACUGUCAUAGCCGUGACCAUGAUAGCACUUUAUGCCACCUACGAUGAUGGCAUUUGCAAGUAUAUAUGUUGUUUUAAGAUUAUUCAUUUACUGAGAAACAGUAAUGAGUAUUUCAUGAGAGAAACAGAAACAGAGAAAAAGGAGAAAAAGACCAGCAACCUGAACAGGGCCUCACACUGCAUUCCCUACAUGUCCCCGCACUGUCCAGUUGUUCCAGGCACCCAGGAUCACAGAGUGCCUUCCCGCAUGUACAGCUUCAUCCUAUCUAGUCUUCCCUCUGCUCUUUCAGCCGCUCGACUGAUCCAGAACAUGGAUGCUACUGCUGAGCCCUGUACAGACUUCUUCAAGUAUGCCUGUGGAGGCUGGUUGAAACGCAACGUCAUUCCCGAGACCAGCUCCCGUUACAGUAACUUUGACAUUUUAAGAGAUGAACUAGAAGUCGUUUUGAAAGAUGUCCUUCAGAAACCCGGAACUGAAGACAUAGAGGCGGUGCAGAAAGCGAAAACAUUAUACAGGUCUUGCAUAAAUGAAUCUGCUAUUGAUAGUAGAGGUGGAGCCCCUCUCCUCUCACUGUUGCCGGAUAUAUUCGAGUGGCCAGUGGCAGUAGAAAACUGGGAGCAAACUUAUGGUGCUUCUUGGACAGCUGAGAAAUCAAUUGCACGUCUAAAUGCUAAAUAUGGGAAAAAAGUCUUUAUUAAUUUUUUCGUUGGCACUGAUGAUAAGAACUCUAUGAACCAUAUAAUUCACAUUGACCAACCUCGACUUGGCCUCACUUCUAGAGACUACUAUCAAUGCACUGGAAUAUAUAAAGAGGCUUGUGAAGCAUAUGUGGAUUUUAUGAUUUCUGUGGCCAGAUUGAUUCGCGAGGAGAGAGGAUUGCCCAUCGAUGAAGAGCAGAUAUCUUUAGACAUGAAUAAUGUUAUGGAAUUGGAAAAAGAAAUCGCUAAUGCUACAACUAAACCUGAAGAUCGAAAUGAUCCAGUGCUUCUUUAUAACAAAAUGACAUUGGCCCAGAUCCAAAAUAACUUUUCACUAGAGAUCAAUGGGAAGCCAUUCAGCUGGUCAAAUUUCACAAAUGAAAUUAUGUCAACUGUGAAUAUUACUAUUACAGAUGAGGAAGAAGUGGUUGUUUAUGCUCCAGAAUAUUUAACCAAACUUAAGCCCAUUCUUAUCAAAUAUUCUGCCAGAGAUCUUCAAAAUUUAAUGUCCUGGCGGUUCAUAAUGGAUCUCAUAAGCAGCCUCAGCCGAACCUACAAGGAGUCCAGAAAUGCUUUCCGCAAGGCGCUUUAUGGCACAACAUCAGAAACAGCAACUUGGAGACGUUGUGCAAACUAUGUCAAUGGGAACAUGGAAAAUGCCGUUGGAAGGCUUUAUGUGGAAGAGGCAUUUGCUGGAGAGAGUAAACACGUGGUUGAGAAUUUGAUUGCACAGAUCCGAGAAGUUUUUAUUCAGACUUUAGAUGACCUCACUUGGAUGGAUGCUGAGACGAAAAAGAAAGCUGAAGAAAAGGCCUUAGCAAUUAAGGAAAGGAUCGGCUAUCCUGAUGAUAUUAUUUCAAAUAAUAACAAACUAAAUAAUGAAUACCGUGAGUUGGACUACAAAGAAGAUGAAUACUUUGAGAACAUAAUGCAAAAUUUGAAAUUCAUCCAGAGUAAACAACUGAACAAGCUCCGGGAGAAGGUGGACAAGGAUGAGUGGAUAAGUGGAGCAGCGGUAGUCAAUGCAUUUUACUCUUCAGGCAGAAAUCAGAUAGUCUUCCCAGCUGGCAUUCUGCAGCCCCCCUUCUUCAGUGUCGGACAGUCCAACUCAUUGAACUUUGGGGGCAUCGGCAUGGUCAUAGGACACGAAAUCACCCAUGGCUUCGAUGACAAUGGCAGAAACUUCAACAAGGAUGGAGACCUCGUUGACUGGUGGACUCAACAGUCUGCAAAGAACUUUAAAGACCAGUCUCAAUGCAUGGUGUACCAGUACGGAAACUUUUCCUGGGACUUGGCAGGUGGACAACAUCUCAAUGGAAUUAAUACACUAGGGGAAAACAUUGCCGAUAAUGGAGGUAUUGGUCAAGCAUACAGAGCCUAUCAGAAUUAUAUCAAAAAGAAUGGGGAAGAAAAACUACUUCCUGGACUUGACCUAAAUCACAAACAACUGUUCUUCUUGAACUUUGCCCAGGUUUGGUGUGGAACCUACAGGCCAGAGUAUGCCAUCAACUCCAUUAAAACAGAUGUGCACAGUCCAGGCAAUUUCAGGAUUAUUGGGACCCUGCAGAAUUCUGCUGAGUUUUCGGAGGCCUUUCACUGCCGCAAGAACUCAUAUAUGAACCCAGAAAAGAAAUGCCGGGUGUGGUGAUCUUCAAAAGCUGCAGCACAGCCCCAGGCUAGACUCGCCAACACCACGGAAGUGAGAGACUCUCUAGCCGAGAGAAAAUGGGCCCUAGAGCUCACUACAGUUACUUGGGGUUAAUUAACAGAAAUGAGAGCAUGGUCAUCCAAAGAAUGUUAGAUUAUUCUGGAAAGUAUGUGGAUGGAGGAGAGGAUCUAAGGUCUAUCAAAUCAAUCACUUUUCACUGUGUAAAUAAUGCGUCAUUUCUAAAGAUGAUAUAUUAUCAUUCACUUCUGUUUCUCAGAUGGCCUGUCAGUUUGAUGUUCCUAGACAACAGUGUUUAACCCCUUGAGGUAGACCAGGAUUUCUAACCAGAGGGAGAAAAAAGAUGUUGAAGGAUACCGUGGGCCACCAGAAGCACAGCAAUGUCUUGGUAGCUUCAAAUACUGCCUCAGUACUUGUUUUUACUUUUAUUUGCAACAUGUAUGCGCCUUCAAAACCCUUCCAAAGAAUUCUGACACAUGUUGGAGCCAUGGGGCUUAUAUCGUUUUAAACCCAUUUUUGCCAUGCCUCAGUUACUCAUUUUUGUGAUUUUUGUAUUCUUCUCUUAAAGCAAAAACCAAUGUCUAACACUGUUUUAUGUUGUACCUGCUUUGACUGAUACUGAGAUUCUUGAGGGCCCUUGCAAUUUUCUAAGCAAUUUCUUGUUCUCUGUAUCUUUCAGCACUUGGUCUUUUUAAGAGAUUUGUAGUAAUGUAUAAAAAAUAAUUUUUAUAUUUAAUUGUUAACUACAUUUAUGACUGAGUAACGGUUAUUAUAGCUAACCAUUGAAUAUUGAAGUUUUAGAACAAGAUAAACAGUUAUGAGCCAAGAUCUGUAAAGUUAUGUACAGAUGAAAAUUUGAGACUUUUUAAAAUUAUAAAUCAUAUUGAUGUAAAGCUUUAAACACAAACUUCGAGAUAAAAAUUGCCGUUGAACAGUUGCCUAGAGGUAUAUAAUGGAGAUUAUAAUACUUGUGGUUUAUGAACGGAAUUUUCAAAAUUAAACCUCUGUAGCUCCACAUCUUAUCUUUUCAGGUUUGUCAUCUGAUGAAAAUAUUUUGAUAAUAAAUGGAAAUUGUGAGCCCAUUACCUA